AUGUUCCAUAAAGUGCGGAAGCGAUUUUAUUGGGCAACAUGUAAACAAGAUGUGGUGCAAAACAUAUACGGAAUUCCCUUAGAGAUCCAUACCAAUCAAGGAAGAAAUUUUAAAUCGAGAAUCUUUCGAAAACUAUCACGCUUGUUAGGAAUUAAGAAGACUCGAUCUUCCAAGCACGGAACAACUGGGAUGACUCCAGCAGAACUGUACUCUGCACAGGAUCUUCUGCCGCCAAUUGACUUGUUACGCAGCAGCCUUCCUGAAACUGAGGAGGUGAGUUCUCUCGAAUGCUACGUGAGAAAGGUGAAGAGAAAGUUGGAAGAAGUUCAUACAAGUGUAAGAGAGCAGGUAGAUAUCAAAUUCUCACAAAUGAAAAUCUGA